AUGACGUCAUGGAUACCAGAAACAGAGGAGGAGUACAACGGCUUUUUCAAUGAGGUCCGCCGAAGAAUCCCGAAAGAGCGAUUGUUUGAGUGGGAUCCGCGCCGGCACACGAUGGAAGAGCUCUGUGAUUUUCUAAAUGUCCACCCGUGCCCCAAGAAGGGGAAGACCCCCAGAGCCAUCAAUACCUGGAUCUUUGAACUGGACUUCCCUGUCGCCAGCAUGUCUGUGAAUGCCCUACGCUUCUUCAUGCACUGGGUGACCGACAAGCUGCUGAAAGACGCUGACGGGACUGUGGAGGCUUGCACCGCGUGCCUGGUUGAGGGUGGCGCCGUCUUGACCAUGGGCGAGGGCUUCCCUGACAAGCUGAAGCGAUUCCAGGACUGCAAGAAGGCCCUGAGAAAAGCCCAUAGCAAGCAGAAGGUGGAGACCGCUGCAGCAAAGAUGGCAAAGUACGAUGCCAACAAGGUACCCGCAGGCCUCAUUUUUGGUUCAAACGUGGACGCGCCUCCCUGGCAUCCGGAUCAAGGCAUCCGGCUGUUGAGAGCAGCGUAUUCUCUUGCCAAGCACAUCUCCAGCCUACCAAGUCCCUCGGGCAGCGCGCCCGUAGCUAGAAGCCCAUCUGCAGCCAUGCUGCUGGCCUUCCUCAAGGCACUGAUCAGAUCACCCUUUCUGGAGACCUUGCCCAUGCUAGGGAAGAGCUUGGACCCUUCGACCUUCCGUGAUCGAAUGAUGGCAGCUUGGACAACCAUCGGAGUUGUCGGAGCGCUGUUCCUGACCAUGCUGGAUUACUCCCAGUCAGCAAAGUGUGAAAGUGAUCAUCUUCUGUCAGUGAUGCCAAGCCAGGAGUUCUGCGACACAAUCCAUCCUUUCCUUUGCAGCAUGGGCCUGGCCUUCAACGUCAUCGCCGUGAUCCUCACGACCAUCCUGAUCAUGCAAGUGGGCUUUGUUCCUGAUGAGAAGCUGUCUGACUGGGUUGCAGGAAUGCCAAUAACAGUGGAGCUGCCCUUGGUGAGCUUCAUCAUCGGAGCUUUGAUGUGGGCAGGGGAUUUGGUUUGGCUCGGUGUUGUCGCUCAUGGUGCUUAUGGUGUUCGAUUCAGUGUCGGAGCCGGCAUUAUCGCCAUUUCCUUGCUGGGAGUGUAUGCUUCUACCAGGGCAAAGACAAAUCGGUUGAUCAUGCUUGCAAGUGGUCAGCAAGAUCUGAAUCUGAGCGACACAGACGAGACCGGGGACCCCGAGCAGAUUCGCACCGCUCUGCAGGAGGCGAAGGAUGCCGGAGCAGAUGCAGUGGACAGCGGGGAGGCAGCAGAAGAUCCCAGCGCAAUGUUGGAGCUUUGCCAGAAAGCUGAAGCUUUCAAGAAGAAAGGCAAUGAGCGCCUGAAGGACAACACCAAGUCCGCAGCCAGAGAAGCUCUAGAGUUCUUCACCAGUGGUUUAGAGGUGCGCUGCAGUGAUCCGAAGCUGAAUGCGCAGCUGUUUAGCAAUCGUGCCCAUGUGCGGCUGCUGCUCAGACAGUUCGUCGAAGCAGUCGACGACUGCCGGAAAGCAAUAGACAGAGAUCCAAAGAACAUCAAGGCCUACUGGCGUGCCGCCAGGGCCUCUCUGCACCUGGACCUCUGCCGAAAUGGAAUCGACUUCUGCGAAGAGGGGCUCAGGCAGGCGCCUGGGGACUCGGACCUCAUUAAGCUCCGGGACUCCUGCGCCGAGAAGUUGGCGGGCCAACAGCAGAGGCGGGCCGAGGCCAGAUCCUCAGCCAACCGCGAUUUCAACGCGGACGAGGCCAUGGCAGUCCAGGAAAAGGUCUCUGGAUUGAAUGAGCAGCUGGCGAGAGUGCAGGCAUCCUUUGCCCAAAAGCAGCGGCAGCGCGUCCGACUGGAGCUCACCCAGCAGACAGUUACUUCCACACCUGAGGAUGCCAAGCUCUACCGGGGUGUGGGCCGUUGCUUCCUACUGGGUGACAGGCAACCCAUACUGGACGAGAUGAAAACGACCAUGGACAGCAUAGACGAGGAGCUGCCAAAGUUGCAGAAGGCCAGUCAGGAAUUGGAAAAGCGCAAGGAUGAUGCAGAGAAGGAGCUGCGUGAGAUGAUUGCAGCAUUCCAAAAGCAGGCCGACAGAUCCGCAGCGGCAGCAGCAUGA